UGGACAUGUUUGGGUCUUGUGCACGAGGUGAGGUUAUAAAAAUCAUAAAAGUAAAUAUCAGUAUCAGAAUGACCUUAUGCCCCCUCUCUUAUAACCCCAAGACAUAUACAACAAUCUUUUUAUAACAAUCGCUAAUUUACACCAUUUAAUAAAAAUGGUUCGUGCGUGGUACAUGGACAAUGAUUCUACUGAUCAGAGAACUGAGCACCAUAGAAAUCCUCCGAAGUUUUUAACACUUGAAGAGCUUUUUGAUGUGUCUGGAGUGGAAUAUUUUAAGUUAAAUGUAAAUUCUUAUAAUUCCGAUGGUGUUCUGGAUAAAUUAAAAACGGACCGAGGAUAUACCUAUGAGGAUGAGAUGACUUGUUCUAAAGAAUGUUUACCCAACUACGACCAGAUGCUGAAAAAAUUCUUCCAGGAACAUCUGCACACAGAUGAGGAGAUUCGUUUUAUAUUAGAUGGGUCAGGAUAUUUUGAUGUUAGAGACAAAAAUGAUGAAUGGGUGAGAAUUGAGGUUGUAGCAGGUGAUAUGAUUAUUAUACCAAGUGGAAUUUAUCAUCGGUUUACUUUGGAUGCCAAGAAUUAUAUUAAAGCCAAAAGGUUUUUCAUUGGCGAACCAGUUUGGCAACCAUAUUCUCGUCCUGCUGAUGAUAUGGAAUGCCGGCAAAUAUAUUUGAAAAGAUUAGCUGCAGGUGACUUCAAGGCACGUUGAUAAAGUUGUUGCAAUUUAUCUUGAAAAUUGUUAUCUAAUAAACAAAUCAAAUAAAACUCCAUUUUUUGAAAAUA